AUGAAAAAUGAUAAAAAAUUAGAUUUGUAUGAAAUAUUAGGUGUCGAGAAAAAAGCAAAUGCAAAAGAAAUAGCUAAAGCAUACAGGAUAUUAGCACUGACUUAUCACCCAGACAAAUUUUUAUCACAUAAUAAAAGAUUAAAUAAUAAAGGAAAUAAAAAUGAAGGUAAUGAAAAUAAGAAUGAUGAAGAUGAACCAUUAACAUUGGAAAAAUGCAAAGAAAUGUUUUUGCAAAUACAAAAAGCAUAUGAUAUAUUAAAAGAUCCUGAAAAAAGACAAAACUAUGAUGAAUUUGGAUUGGAAGAAGAUUUUGAUGAAUUCAAAAAUUAUCUUGAUCCGAAAUUAUUUCAUUCUAGAAUCAAAGUUGAAGAUAUACUAAAAUAUGAACAGAAAUAUAAAAAUAGCCAAGAUGAAAAAGAUGAUAUAAUUCAAUUUUAUAAUAAAUUCAAUGGAAAUAUUAAACAUAUUCUUGAAUACAUUCCAUUUAGUGAUACAUCUGAUUUGAAUAGAUUUUUAAAUAUAUUUGAAGAUCUUUUUAAAGAUAAAAAAAUAGAAAAAACAAAAGAUUAUGAAAAGUCAUUAAAAAAUAUAAAUAAUAUUAUUAAAACAUAUGAAAGUAUUAUUAAAAAAGAUAACCGGGCUGGUAAUAAAAAAACGAAAAAGAGAAAAACAGAAGAACCUAUUGAUGAUCUAGUUCUGGCUAUUAGAAAUAAUGAAGCAAAAAGGAAUCAAAAAAUAAACUCACUUUUAAAUAGUAUCGAAAUUGAAUAUUCUAAAAAAAAUCCUAAAAAAAAAAAAGUUAAGCCUCCAACAGAAGAAGAAUUAAAAGAAAUAAGCAAAAGGCUCGAAGAAAAUAAAAAGCGUAGUAUCGAAAUGAAAAAGUUAAAAGGAUUAUAG